AUGCCGCUCUCACCGCUCAGCCACAAAAAAUUCAACACUGUCGCCCGCUUCUGUCGAUCCCUGAAAACAAGAGGCAUUCCAUUCCACCGCAACGACAACAAAGCAAGGCUAUUCCUGCUCUACAAUUCCCCCACAAACACCACAGCUACAGCAACCAAAAAUCCGGCGCUUCCUGCUUCCUUGCCAGAGCCAAUCACUGCCAGUAUACUCAGGAGUGACGUCACGGAGCAGCUCCCUCGACCACAGCCCGCCUCAUCAGCCCCAACUGGCUGGGAUCAGGUCAUAUCUUCAGCCUCAAACAACAAAACAACUUCUGUUCCCCCUCUUCCCACCAUGGCCAGUUCCUCAGCUCUCCAAGGAGCCUCUCCAGCAAUUCAUAACACUGGCUAUUCUCAACCCCCUCUGUUUCCUACUGAUCUAUCCUGUCAACCUUCCCUCCCCAUUCCCACCCCCUCCCUUCCCUAACACCCAUAUGUAUUUCCACCUCCUGUACAUAAUUACACACUAGCCACAGCCGCUCCACCUAUUCAACCAGCCUCAUCCAUUAACCAUCUUUCACCCGUCUCACCGGCACUACACCAACAAAUUCUCUCUGGUAAUUUUGUAGAUCUAGCUCAGCUACUCCACCCAUCCACAACUGACACAAGACAGCCUAGGGAGAUGCAAACCAUUUUCGGUCCAGUCCAGCACUGCGACCCAUGUCCAUCCAGGUCAAAAGACCCAACACCAGCAGAAUUUGCCUUAGCAUUUUCACUCUUCUGUGACACCAUCGGUUCAGUUUUUCCAUCUCUCACGUCUGAGCUCGACGAUUAUCUCUCCAUAAUCCUGGACAUGGCCCUGUGUUUUGGCAGCACAGGUUUUUGCAGCUACCACUUGCACUUCACAAACCAGGUAGCCAACCGCAUCAAGCAGUUCAAUCAGAACACGUACUGGGGCACACUUGACUCUGAAUUGUAUUGUCGAAUCUUUGCCGCCCGCACCUCCCUCUCUCGUGAGUUAUGUGGAGCCCCCUACCAUCCUGCCACAGCAUGCAUUGUCAGCGCUCCACCACCUCGUCCACGCUCAUCUUCCUCUCACAACACCACAGUCUUUAACUGCUUGUCACCCGCAGCACCUCCACCUUCAAUCGUACCUAAGCCCUUAGACAUUCAACCUGCCAUCAGUGUCCACAUGCCAAAAGGGGUCGACAUGAAAGGAAGGCCCAUCCUCUACCAAGCCAAAAAGAUGGUUUGCAAGAAGUUGGCUUUACUCACAGAUUUCAUGCUGGCAUAG